AAAAAAAAGGGAUUCACAAGCCCUAGAAAAAUAAGAAAUUGUUUUACUAAAAGAUAACUAGCUUACAUACUAACUACGACUUAAAACCAUCAAUACCGUCAGUUAAAAAAAACUCGCACAUCAAGUACAACAGAGAAUAGGGGUGUGGCACAAUAAACUACAAAUAUAGGUUUCCGGUGGGUAAAAACGUCAAUUCCUGUGUGGUAAAGGUAGAAAAUCAGCGGAAGUAAAAAAAGUGAAAACUGUGUUUGUGUAUGGUUAGUUAUUUCCCCUUAAAAAGUAUUUGGUCGUAUUUGCUGUCUUGAGAAAUUUUCACUGCUUUUUAGUGAGUUGAACUUCGGAAUUAAACAGAUUAGAGAAGGGGAUUACGCGCACUCUAUCUGUUUAGUUGGUGGUUCGGGUGCAGUGGUUUAUUACCGAGUUUGAUUCCUGUUCGGUAUGUCGACCAUUGAUGCAGUGAAGCGUAAGAUCCAGGUUCUGCAGCAGCACGCAGAUGAGGCCGAGGACCGGGCGGAACGGCUGCAGCGGGAGGCAGAGGCCGAGAAGAGAGCUCGUGGGCAGGCUGAAUCUGAGGUGGCAUCGCUGAAUCGUCGCAUACAGUUGGUAGAGGAAGAACUCGACAGAGCUCAGGAACGUUUGUCUACUGCUUUGCAGAAACUUGAAGAUGCAGAGAAGGCAGCAGAUGAGAGUGAAAGGGGUAUGAAAGUUAUUGAAAACAGAGCCUUAAAGGAUGAAGAGAAGAUGGAGCUUCAGGAGAUCCAGCUAAAAGAAGCUAAACACAUUGCAGAAGAAGCGGACAGAAAGUACGAGGAGGUUGCUCGUAAGCUGGUGAUAAUUGAGAAGGAUUUGGAGCGAACAGAGGAAAGAGCUGCCCUUGGAGAAGCCCGUGUCCGACAAAUGGAAGAGCAAUUGAGAUCGGUGGACCAGUCUUUGAAGUCCCUGCAUGCAUCUGAAGAGAAGUUUUCUCAAAAGGAAGACAAAUACGAAGAAGAGAUAAAGCUCCUUACUGAUAAGCUGAAAGAGGCUGAGACUAGAGCAGAGUUUGCGGAGAGGUCUGUAGCCAAACUGGAGAAGUCAAUUGAUGACUUAGAAGAUGAGUUGUAUUCUCAGAAAAUGAAGUACAAAGCCGUCAGUGAGGAACUGGAUCAUGCCCUCAAUGACAUGACUGCAAUAUAAAUUGAUGGCGUGCAAAAGUGAGAAUGCUGGUGUGCAGCAAAUGCUGGAGCAGACUUUACAAGAACUCCACAACAUGUAAAUCAUACUUAGCUGCUGCCAUCUUUACUGUAGACUGUUUCAACCUCUGGAGACUUGCCUGCCAAAUGCUAUUUUUUACUCUUCGAGGGAUGCCUUGGUUGGCUGUGUGCCAUUACCUGCCAGAAGGUCAGCAAGGCAGGCACUAAGAGCCAUUGGAAGAAUUCUUUAAAUGGAGUGGGAGGAAGAAAUCUACACAAAGCAAUAGUUUUACAAGCAUUUGGGGGGGGAGCAUUUUUAUAAAUGUUUUUUUUUAUAGUAUCCAUUACAAACAUUCCAGGUAGUAGUGUCCAUCAUGUAAGCUACAUUUAUUUAAAAGAAUUUGCCAGUGUUUCACUUUACCAUCACUGUUAUGCCUUUAAAUUUCAUCCAUGAAACUUGCCUAUUGCAGAACAGUUUUUUCUUUACAUCAGUUAAUCUCUCCUUUAUACCCACUUGCAUCUGACUUGUCAGGUGAAAGAUUUUUGCUGGAAUUAAUUUCCAUAUAUGUAGUAGGAGCUGAGCUAAACUGAAAACUUCUAAAUCCUGGAAAUGUCUACCAACAGAAAUAUCUUCCCAACAGUUCAUUUGCCAACGGUUGACGGAAUGCAUAAUGUUUUUGUAGACAUGGUGCUGUAUUCUUUUUAAGGUCUAUCAGAUGAGGCCUGCAGGAUUUGCACAAACUUGGGACAAGUCUGUUUACACUGUUGGUGUAAAAUAUUGAAUACUUUUUCUACCAAAAUGUAUACAGUUCAAAUAACACAUUUACUGUUGAAAGCAGAAACACUAUUACUUGUAGUUUUGUAAUGUAAUCCUUUACCAUAUUUGCUGUAUUUAGUGAUCAUUUUUCUCUGGCCAGUUUGUUCAUGUCACCCAUUAGUCACUUUGCUUUGAGAACCCUUAAUUCUUUCCCCUGCCAAAUCUGUAAGCACUCUUAAUUUUUUGUGAAUAUUUUUGUGUGGCAUUCAGGUGUUUUCUCAUGAGGGAUGUUUGUUUUGGUGGGGCACAGGAAACAAGUGUAUUCGUACUGAAUUUGGCUUUGUAUAUUUUCCUUGUAAUUGACAAUAUUCCUCCAGGCUGUUUUUAAACAUUCUAAAAGGCUUUGAUUUACAAAAAUAAAAAUGAAGCUGCUACACAAA